AAUAAUGAAGGCCUCUCUUCCAACCUUGACGAAAGCUUUAUUUGAUACAAUCUGUUUGAACCGUAAUUUCUUGGUAUCGUCAAAAGAGAAAUGUUAUCCAUUCGCCGCAUGGCUACCGAGGCUAGUUCUCAAUUUACCUCUACUUCAAUCUCAAAAGCUGCAGCAGACUCGAURCCUCAAUCUCUCGCGCAACCAUGAAUUGGAAUUAUAGCACUGACAAUGGAAAUGAAAACGGAAACCAAGAAUGUCACACAAUGUUUUCCAAUAGAAAAAGAAACUCCAGUUCUAAAAACGCGAGCACUGAGCUGUCAUCGAACAAGGAUGGCGUACCUUUGAUGAUGUUUGAGAAUCUGCGGGUUGGGCCCACCACUGCCGCUGCCUCUGCUGCUCCUACCACUGACAGCGACUAUGGCGUCGAUCGAACUUUCCUUCCCUCGCUCAUCCAACCACAGAAAYCGCAAGAGCGACAGCGAUCGAUCCCACCGGCCACCCAUUUGAACGGUAACAGAGAUCACAUCACUACCACCAAYAGUAGUGGCAACAACUACCACGAGCACAGCAGGAGAAACGUCCCAACCCCCCCAUCUCAUCGCCAGAGUCCAUCCAGGAGCACCCAUGACCACAACAAUCGACGGCGAUCAAGACCAGAGCAUCACCAUUACUAUUACCAUCAACMUCACCAUCACUAUCAUCAACACGAAACCCAAUUGAAGGAGCCUCCAGCAUACUCGAUCWCUCCCAAUGCUGUUGUAAUCCAAGGAAACGACUCGAACAAAAGUUACCCCAAAACGAAGGACCCUCCGAAGCCUGGCCCUGCUCUACCAUCCAUCUACAAAAAAGAUAGUUCGGAUUGUCUACUACYGAGUCAUAGCAAUCGGGACAAAAACAAGAAUAGGAACAACCACGACUGCCUUGCACACGACCAGGUUCCCCGACCAGCAGAGCCAUUGUCUUCUCAAAUGCAUCGAAAGGAUUCCUCGAUUCCUCGAGCGAUCAAUCUUUCUUUCGAAAGACCAAACGAUCCAACCAGUUCGCUACCAGCUGUGCCGGCGAUUUCGCCUAUAUCGUUCUCCCCUUCCAUCUUUCGAAAGAGGACUGCGGCCGGUCCUCUUUACCCCUCGGGGGACGCCAUCCAAGAGCAACUCUCUAGAACAGCCCAAGAGUUUCUUCCCAGGAGCGUCAUUCUCCCCUCGACCACACAGACAGGCGGCGAUAUACCGGGCAACCCAAGCGAAAACCAAGAUGCAAUGGCUGCUGCUACUACCUCUCAUUAUUCGACACAAGUCGACCYGCGGUCUCGGCUCGAGACCCGCCCCCAAAAGCCCCUUCGCUUUGAUUCUUUCUACCCUUCUGUAUCGCAACAGAAGCAGCAAGCCAGACCAAGAAGCCCACUCCAGCAGCCACGUAAUCUCCGCACAAUUCCUCAACAGCAGGUACAACAACAUAUACAGCAGCAGGUGUUCCCCUGUCCAAUGCCACUUGGGAAUGGUAUUACAAACGGCACCGCCACAAGCAUCCACUCCAAGACAAAUUCUCGCGAGAGAAAGAUCCUGAUURGUACGCAGCGGGAGUACAAUCUAGAAGCGCUGCUACCAACGAUCCAAAAACAGCAUCAUAAGMAGGGCAACGGAAACGGACCUUCACAGCAAGCGGACACCGCAGGGAAUUACCGGUUCAGCAACGUUCCAAAAGCUAAUCCUUUCCCGAAUCCACCAGCCAACAUUGCUAUCGCCAAGAACACUGAAGAGAAAGAGGUGUUUUCGCAGUAUCUCUCGCAGGAUCCAUCGCUGCCAAUACCUUUAUCGUCCUCGAAUCCCAGCAAUAUUCCCAGUGUUAGUCACGCSCCGAACCAGCUCACAAACGUCGAUGCUGCUACGAGAACUGAAGCUAUCUUGCGGAGGCCACCACCGACCUCAUCGUUCUCGAAAUCUGUCAAGGUGGAAAUCUAUCCCGGCGUCUUUCAUGUCCUCCGGAUURGCAAGGGGAUCACGUUGGYCGUAGAUCGAAGUUUUGCGGUKUCCUGUACCUGCGUUGCUUGUACCACGAAGCACAUGUGCAUUGCCGAUGCGGCCUACACGAUUUGCCCUUCGUGCCUCGUGGUAUAUUCCCUGACAGAAGGUCUUCCMGACAGCGGGCUCGGUACAGCUAGUCGCUGGGGUGUUGCUAUGGGUUUCAUCUAGGUAUGUAAAGUAUUCAAUCGGUUACCAAUCGAAUGGUGUCAAYAUAUUUUAUGGGUUCUUGCCAAUUUGGGACGAAAGAGCAAGUGGACCGGAUUAGACAAUCCCACUAGUGCACGAAUUACGGGCUUCUAUARCAAAUUAGGAAGGAUUCUACUGGUGACUUUCAACACAAAUGCUUGCAUAGCACAAUCUAUUUCAUGGYGUGCGGCCUGCAGUUGCAGUAGAGUGAUGUUAUACCUUCGCUGUUUCGCUCCCUCUGCCACUGUUCUUAAGGGUUUGUAUCGAAUAUAAUAUCUUGAACCGAGCUGGCCGUACAGUUGCUUGCAAGUUUUCUGAUGUUCAAUAGUAUUAAGCAUAACGAGUUGAUUUUACACUAAUGCUUUACAUCUGAAAUAUUUUGCACAGGAACAUACCACGUAUCUACAAAAGAAUGCAUGAGUUCUUUUUCUCGCCGCCAACAAAGGAUCAUCGAAACCAUGAAUGGUCUUCAAAAAUAAUUUGAAAUUYGAAAC